AUGAUGUCGGCAUCCACGACCACCACCCCGGCGGUGUCGCCCCCUCCUACCCAGUCCGGCGAGUCAAAAGGUGGCGGGGGAGGGCCCACGAGCUCGCCUCUCCUCUUCUUCGUCGCCCUGGGAUUCGGCGUCGUGUUUACUAACCUAUGGAUCAUCGUCGGUGUUAAGUACUGCUUCAGAUAUAACCAACGCAAUCGCGCCGCACGUGCUCUUAACGAAAAUGGCGAACCCAUCGACCUCAGCCAGAUGCCGAAUCCACGACGAAGGCGACGCGAAAAGAAGCUCAUGUCUAUGGAAGAGGUGAAUGAGCGAUUUCCAUUGACCAAGUACAACACGUGGCGAUCGAGUCGAGAGGCCAAAGGCUUACCUGCAGAGGGUGGCGUGACAGCUCCGACGAGCACGGCAGGCAGUCUGAAAGACGAGGAAGGGACGAUCGAUACUACAUUACCGAAACAAUCGACGGACACUGCGCGGCCGCAGACUGCGCUCAGCAUCGCACAACAAGACCACGCCAAUGCUCAUGCAACGAUACCCCCGAGGCUUUCGACAGAUGGACUGGCGACAUCGAGCGGUGAGAAGCAUGCAGAGAACACCGUUAUCGAACGGACCGAGACGGCAGAAACUGUGGACACUCUAAAAGAUCGCAAUGCUUCGGUGGCGAGCGGGAUUGACGAGGAUGACGAUGACCCUAUUCGUACCGCAGCACCGCCUGAGAUGCUUGCAGCACCCGGCGACUCUUGCGCGAUCUGCUUGGACACAUUGGAUGACGACGAUGAUGUACGAGGACUCACCUGUGGGCACGCAUUCCAUGGUUCUUGCGUCGACCCGUGGCUCACCAGCAGGAGAGCGUGUUGUCCGUUGUGCAAGGCCGAUUACUAUGUGCCAAAGGUUCGCCCCGAGGACGAUGCAACGAGGAACGGGCGAACACCACUGCAGCAACCUGCGAAUGUAUGGGUUGCUGGGCGAGGAAGACCUUUUACGCCGCGAAUGCUCUUUGCGCCUCGAUUCUUCAUGAGCGAUACCAACCAGCAGAACUCCUACAAUCCGACCCCUGCACGACAAGAGAGGACACGGCGAGAACAAGACGCGGACCCUGCAGCAGAGCGACAAGAGGCGACUUCUCGCACGUGGAGGUCGCGCUUGCCUACAAUGUCGAUGCCUCGCUUUGGGCGGCGGAAUCGACAGCAACAGGGCGAGCAGAACGGUCCAGUCGAGGUGACACCAACGCAACUCGAAUCUGGCACCGUUCGUUGA